CUGCCUCCCGACCCUCUGAAUUUUAAAAACCCACUUCAGUACUCGCCUGCCCGCCGACACGAACGGUCGCGCGCUCGCGGCACUCCUACCUCGAACUUUCAUCCAAAUACCAAAUUAAGAAGUGUUUUAAUCCAUCGAUGACGUAAGCAGAGCCCGGAAUUAAGCUGUCAAAAGAAAUACUUCGAUGAUCAGCAUGGCCCGUCACCUGUUCAGCCUGUGUGCGCUGCUGGCGCUGUCGGCCGCCCGAGGUCAGACUGAAACCGAACCCCCUACCACCGUCACCACCAAAUCGCCACCCACCACCACCACAGCGGCGACCACCACCGUCGCCUGGGAGACCAAGACCCUGAACGAGGGCCAGGCCAUUCAAAAGGCUUUGCAGUAUCUGCUGCAGCAUCGGCAGCCGGAUUGGGGCUGGGGAAAUGAUACGCAUGAUGUCAUGCUCACUCUUCAGCUUGCAAACAAUACUGGGAAGGAGAUAGAGCAGCAGGGAUUGGAAAUGCAACUCUCUGCCAAACAAAUGGAGAUCGAGAUUCUACUUAUGAUGUCAAAGCACCAUGAGUCUCCCCCACCGCUGGCCCGCCUCGCUGCCUACACCCUCGCCCUCGGUGCUCUCUGCAAAGACCCUCGUUCCUUCCACGGCCGCGACCUGGUAGCAGCGUUGCUCCACCGUGAACCUCCGCACGACUUCGACUUCGCCUAUGCUACUUUAGCCGCCUGUUCGUCUGCUGCCCAUGUCAGACGUCGUCAUAUCAGGCGGCUGCUGGAUAUCGCUAAUGCUGCUGCUGAUCAUAGCCUUGAUACGAUUUCAAUGGUGAUCUUGGCGUUGCGCUGCGUGGUCCAAGACCACCGCCACCGCAGUUUGCUCCAUUUCGUGCGGCGCCCCAUGGCCGGCCUGGCGCGCCAGCAACACCCUGACGGUGGGUUCGGGACGCAGCUGACAACCACCGCUCUGGCUAUACAGGCUCUAGAAGACUCCGAUAGUGGACCAGGUGCGCAUCAGCACUGGAGCCUACCUUCAGCUCGCAAAUGGCUGCUGGAGCGACAACAAGCCGAUGGCGGUUGGGGCGACGUUCGUGAUACUGCUGCUGCCGUUGCUGCCCUCACUCCUGCUUCCCUAGCAGCAGUCAGGCCACCGCAUUGCCGGAACAAGCUGCAGGACAACCGAAAUGAUUCGCUAGAUAACAACAACGGCGACGGCAGCCUGAAGAUGUCAUACCUGUCGCACACGAGCAACGAGUCCGACGCGCGCAACGUAUCCUUCACCUACACUCUAUGGCUCGGCACUAAUGUCACCGAGAACUACACUCUCUACAUGAUGGCUCCAAGAAACAUCUCCUUCUACCACGUAAUGCAAAUGGCUGCCGAACAGGACCCGAAGUUCAAAUUCGAAGCCAGUGAGUGGCCGAACGGGCAUUACGUCCACACGCUUGCUGGACAUAAGGAGGAACCGAUGGGUUACCAUUAUUGGCUGCUGUAUCGUCUGACUGAGAUUCCUGACCCAGCCAGCCCACCUGGCAACCAGCUUGUUGCUCCAGUUGGUGUCGACGAUCUCUUGGUAGAGGACGGGGAGCAUUAUCUCUUCUGGUACAAGAAGCUGUAAAUCUGUAUUUUCCUUUGCCGCGCUAUCAGCGGCUCUUAGAUCGUAGGUAUCUUGGAGGACUUUGCUAGAAACUUAAUAGUAUUAUAACGGAGGCACAAACCUAGCAGAGAAAAUAAUUCGACCGCAAUUAUCAAUUUUUGCAAACUUAUGCACAAAAUUUAAAAGUGGUUAACAAGAGAGUAUAAUAACAUUGUGAGGAAUUUUGUCUGAUUCUAAUCUGGCCGAGAUAUGCCUCUGGGUUAUAAGGCCACACAGCCGUCGUUUUGGUCUGUCGUGUCUGAUACUUAGUAUCUACAUUUGAGAAUUUACGCCAAUCAUGCAUUUCAGGAUUGUGGGCAAGAGAAGCUAGAGAAAUUUAGUGUCAUUAAAAACAUCAUAUCUUCAUAGAAAUUUGAUAUUAAUUAUGACAUUGCCACACUUUAUUAUAAAUGGUUUACAGAAUUAUUUUGGUCCGACACUACUCUAAAAUCCCUCGUAACAUGUACACAAACUAAAGACAAAUUGAAUUUGCGAACGAAAUAUUUGACAUCUGCUGUUCUAAUAAUAGUAUCAAAUUAGGAUCUAGUAUUUUCUUCAUUAUACCGGCUCAUUAGUAUCUAAACUAUUUAUUUCUUUGCUUAGGAUAUUGACGAGAUGUCACGCAUACCAAAUCUUUAGUGUAGUCCAUUAAUCAAAAGACUUAAAAACUUAGUCAAUCCAACUGUUAAAUAAAACCAUGUCAAUCAAUAAUUUUCAAAUGUCGCUAAGGCGAUUCACCCAGCCCCAGUAAAAACCACCUAUUAUGUAAUUUUUUUGGCAUCGUGGUAUCUGUGUGUGAAUCGCCUAAGAAACAAUGGCAACAGACUUUAACUAAUAUGGUUUACAAGUCUUUGUUUAAGAACAAUACUUUUAAUGUAAAUAAUUGUGUCAAUGUUGGUAUUUGAUUGUAACUUCGAGUAAGUAGUAUUUUUUUCAAACGUUGAUAUGUAAAAUUCAGAAAAAGGGUUUUUACGUCCCGGAUAAUAAAACGACAGAUUGGUAGAGGAAAUUAGAGCAAUGGAACUACAAUUUUUAUACAAUUUUAUUAGGUAUCUGGGACAUAAUAACAAAGUUUACUCGAGUUGCUAAAAGUAGACUCUAUGCCGCAUGGAUUUAAGUAUAAUUUCGAGUAAAUUUUAUGUGUAAAAAAAACAGGCAAAAUAAAAUAUUAUAUCUAUAUUUCUUGCUUAGUUGAAGUUUUAUGGUUUUAUAUUUUAAAUCAAGCAUUCGUUUAUUUACUUAAAAAGUGUAAUUUUACUAAGUUAAAGUUUAAAAAGUUGUAAAAUUUACAGUGACUUGUAUUUAUUUACGAAGUCAAAUCAUACCCAAUAAGUAAACAUAGCAAACAUUGUUUAGGAAUUAAAACAAUUAAUAGAAAAUCUUACAUAAUUCUGAUACCAUCAUUUUUAUACUUCAAAAUAUUGAUGUUACUGUUAAAAUUGUCGUUCUGAUAGAAACUGAGUUAGUUGGGCUGCAUGUACAUUUAGCUCUAGAAACCUACAGUGAACUUUCCUUACAUUGUGACAGUGGAAGUGGUUUAUUGCUGCCAAGCGAUUAUAAUCUUUAUGCUGUGGUAAAAAAGAUAAUAGGCAAUAUCAAAAUAAAUUAUUCGAAUUAUUAAAGAAACUGUAUAAUACAUUUUUCUACUCGUCGACUGUAAUGGUUGAAUUAUAAUUUCGUAUACCAAACUGUAAUUGCGUAAUUUUCAUGUAUGGGCUCUCUCAACUAUAAUAUUCAAAAGCAAACGCUGUAGUCAACUAUAAUGAUAUUGACAAAUCACGUGGCGCCGCGGUCCAGUGAAAAAUACACCAUGUACCUAAUAUUCACAUAUUAUGCACACGUUGAUGUCUUAAACAGAGAUACUUCCCUUAUUUUUUUUAAUACAGUUGCUCAAAAAGUACUUCUUUACGUAGCUGUUUAGCGUGCGGAAAGUUGGAUUUCGCGAACUAGUGCUUUUUACUUUUCCACUUGUUCCAAUUCAUGACUACUUUUAAUGUUAGUUUCUUUUAAAAGCCGUAAUCAACAUAAAAACCUACUGUUAAUGUAAAAAUAAUAAAUAUAAGCAUAUUUCAUAUUUUAUUACUUACCACUUCAUCAUUAUAACACGUUUAUUUUUUUAAUAUUGAUUAUUGAAAAACCGUUCUUAAGAAGUUGUCUGAAUGGAACGGAAUAGCUGCCGAAACGCCUGUCAAAGCAGAGGCAUUUUUUCUUACUACAAGAAUGUUUUAAGUUUUCAAAGGCAACAUUCGAUAUUGUUUUCGUGCAAUUUAAAUAUACGAUACACAAAUAAUCGUAAAUAACGAUACUUAGGUAAUAAUAGUAUAAUAUUUUAUAUUUACAAUUGUUUAUGUCUUAUAGAACAUGCAUAAAAAAAGUACUUGUUGUUUUUCUUAUUUUUUCGCAAAUGUAUUAAAAAACGUCGUUCGAUACACGUGCGGAAAUAUCAUUCUUCACUCGUUCCGAGUCUUGUCACUCGCCUACGGCUCGUGGCAAGAUAUCUCGGUACUCGUGAAGUAAUGACAUACUUUCCGCACUAGCAUCGAAUUCUCUAUCUUUAAUUUUAUAUUAGGGACAUACAGUAGAAAAAGUAUUAUUUUAGAUGACUUCUAAAAAGUAUUGUAUGCAAAAGUGAUAUUACCAAGAUUUUGCUUUUAGAGUGUCAUUAUGAACGUCAUAUUUUCAUUGAAAUUUGUCCCAUGACAUUUAUUUAUUUAUUGUACAAAAAGCAGAUAGAAAUCGCAAUUUAAAAAGAAAAAUGUGUUAGUGUGGCCAAGAUGUUCACAAAUGUCUGAGCAAGCGUCUGUUAUCAAGACCUUGAAGUGGAUGUUCAGAUAUUUUUGAGCACCUUGGCAGCUCAUAUCUGAUGGCCAUAAAAUGAAAGCGAAUUAUAUACUGAAGGAAAAUUGUAUGGCAGUAAUGAACUAUUUCGAUUAGUGGACAUUUCUACGUGUAAUCUUCAAUAGUAAUAGAAUUUAAUAAUCAUUUUAGACGAGACUGAAAUGACUCAAAUAUUAAGUGCAUUAGUAUGACAUUUUUAUUGUACCUACUGAAUGGUUCUUAAUAAUAAACUAUUAUAAAACUA